GAAGGGGAGGACCGACUGCUCUCACAGCAGCAGAGAGUGCUGCAGUGCGAGCGCAGCGGGGGACUCGGAAGCGAGGAGAGAGGGGGAAAAAAACAAAACACAAACCCAUAUCCGCUGCCUUAUUGCCGAAACUUGGUCUAUGGGGAAAUCUGCAACAGCGCCGUAGCGACGCAGGCCGACAUGGAAGAGUAUUUGCGGAGGGUCCAGAGCAGACUCGGGGCAUCAGAGGGUUCCAUCCAUGCUGUUUUAGGGGGACCAGAGCCAGAUGUUGACACUGUAGCAGCAACACUGUGCUUAGCACUACACCUCAGUCAGAAAGAAGCGCCAGGUGGAGUGUGUGUGCCGGUGCUGUGUGGCUGCAGAUGUGACGCCGUGUUGCCCGAGGAGACGGUGAGGUAUCUGAAGAGGGUGAAGCUCUGUGAGAGCUUGCUGCUGUGGAGAGACGAUGUAGACCUCAUGAGAUUGCAUCACACUGAAAGGCUCUCACUCACACUGCUGAGAAAUGGACUGCUAGACAGCUCUGAGUUUCACACUCUGGAGUCCAGCAUCCAGCGAGUGGUCUAUCAUGAUGGGCAGCAGGACGCAGGGGAUGAUGGGGUAUUGUCCACGGUGACGACAGUCACCAUAGAGAUUCUUCAAGAGGCAGCAGAGCACAUCAGAGCAACACUGGGAGAGAUUCUUGGAGAGGCCCUACAACUCCAGACAGAAGCCUUUUGGAUGAAGCACGGUCGUCGUUCAGCACAGCUGGAGGAGCUCGUGAGAUCCUUGGAGCAAUGGAGGGAAGUUCCUAUUGGUGAACACGAUGAAGUGAAGUUACAAGACUUGAUGCAGCAGCUGACUCUGGAGGUGAAGGAGUUUUCUGAUGGCGACAUGACCAUAGCACUCACUUCAAUGACUACAGAUAAGGAGGACUGGCACGAUUAUGUGGAUGUGCUCAAGUCAUUCAGUCACCACCAUGGGUACGACAGUCUUGUGGUUCUCUUGUCCAUCAGUGAUUCAGUUCACCAUCCCCGCCAGCAGGUGGCUGUCUACUCAAACAAUACAGAUAUCCUGAAACAGAUCUGCUCCGAGUUGGAAAAAGCAAAGCUGGCAUUACUGGAGCACAAGAAAAAACACAGUUGUCAACAAAGAAAACAAUCUUGAACACUUUAACACCAGACACAUCUAAAGAAGAGGAUGAAGGAAAAAAAAGAGACCAACAGCUCUUAGACUUCUGGACAUACUCAGCUCAGAAGGGAUUUCUUAAAUCUGAUAGUGGAACCACCACAUCUUACCCCGAAUCACUAGAUAUGUGGAAUAUGACAAUCCGGGAUGACAGUCUUUCACCUCUCACCACCCCUGACAACUUAUCUGAAAACUCAGGUUCUUUCUGUGGACUGAACCCCAAUAUAAAGGGCAGCACAUCUGUAGAAAGUCCACUGGGAUACUCAGAUGGUGGCAUGGAGAUGUGGAACACCACCAUACAGGAAGACAGCUCUUCAGCAAUGACCACUCCUGAAGGACCUGAAAAUGG